AUAAUCCGUCACUUUUGCAAGAUGGAGGAGAGAGGAAAGACGCAUACGUCAAAUAUUCAAUCAUUUCCUGUGUUUUGAUCUCGUCCCUCUCUCCUAAUCUAGGGGUGUAGAUUUCCCCUAUAGGUAGCACCCCCCUCACGUAACCAUGGCUGCAAUAUCAGAGACGGUUUAUGGAACUACUGAGGAAGGGCAUGUUAUGUCAGAAAAGGUGUCGUCUCUUGCGACCAACGUUUACAAAGAAUUUGAACGUAUGAUAAAGAAAUAUGACGAGGAUGUUGUGAAGGAACUUAUGCCACUGACUGUUGCACUCCUUGAAGGAUUAGAUCAAGCACUCUCCGACAAACAGGAGAGCGAAGUUGAGUUAGAACUACUAAGAGACGACAAUGAACAGCUGCUUACCCAAUAUGAAAGAGAAAAGCAGCUCCGGAAGGCUGCCGAACAGAAAUACCUUGAGCUGGAGGAUGGUGUGGAGGGCCAGAAAAAGGAACAUGAAGAAAAAGUGGAAAGCAUGGAGUCUGUAGUCCGCAUGCUGGAACUCAAGGCCAAGAAUGCAUCCGAUCACGUGUUAAGAAUGGAAGAGAAGGAUAGUGAAUGGAAGAAAGAAUAUACAAAACUCCACGAAAGAUACACCGAGUUGUUUCGUACUCAUAUGGACCAGAUGGAGAGGACAAAGAUUUUGAUGGGAACAGACAAACUGGAGUUGUCCAACAGUCCUCGUAAUAAGGGCUUUCAGUUGCCAAAUCUUCGACCAGUUAGUAUGGUGAUUACUGGUCAGAACUUAACUCCUCUAAGGUCGAGUGGCACCCCUCCCAGCCUGAACUGUCUGGACAUAAUGUCGCCUCGCACCCCGGCAGACUCGAACAUCAGUCUGAAGAGUGAGCUUGGGGACCUUGACUCGCCCGACGUCACUGAUAGACGACGCUCGGGCAAGAAGGUCGGCACAUGUGACAAGGAACAGCUCACAGACAAUAUAAUGGUGAAAGAAUUUGGUACCACACCGAAGGACGGUGCACCACCCAACACCUCAGAAUCCCCCGCGAGUGUUCAAAUAAACGGUGUAACAGACUCAGAACUUAGUAAAGGGGAUAAAGACAAUUCUAGUCAAGACAACAGUAUAGGGAGGCCGGAGUCUCAUAACACAGGGGCUGGAGAAGCCGAACCAAAGCAUACAGACCCGCCACACCAUAUAGAUAGGGCGGAAAACUCCCAACGAAGCCAUUCUGUAGAAACAUUAGCAAAUACCAAAGCAUUAGAGGCAACUACAUCCGACACAACAGCAUCUUCAGUCAUACUUCCUCAAGGGGAAGAUAACUCUGUGAUAGAAACAACACCUGAAAAGACGGAAGCACAUAUAGCCACGUCCACCCCUCAGAGUAGUACAGAGGAGGAGAGAGUCAGGUUUGAUAGCAUAGAUCACGAGGAGGCAGAGUUUGAGGAGGACAGAAUUCCGGGUCUUGAUGCAACCAUUGCUCACAUAGUGGCCACUACACCUGAGCUACAGGAGUUAGAGGAGUCAAUUGGCAGUCAGACCCCAGACAGUGGUGUCCGAGGAUCCCUCAGUAGGAGAAACAACGAUUCCAUCUUUGACGAGUUGAAUGUACAGGACAUGGAGUUAGGGGACGACUUUGGUAUCACCGGGAGAGAAGUCACCCCUGGGGAUUAUGCGUCUUCAGACAGUGAUGAGGAGAACGAGAGGCGUUCCACUGUUAGUGAUAAUUUCUUUGGAAUGGGCAAAGAGCUGGAGAACCUUAUACUGGAGAACACGGAACUGCUGGAGACAAAAAACGCCUUGAAUAUCGUAAAAGAUGACCUUAUCGCUAAAGUUGAUGAACUGUCAAGUGAACAAGAGGUCCUUCGCGAGGACAUCACAUCCCUCCAGGCGAUCAGGACUAAGCUACAGGGCCGAAUCAAGGACCUGGAAGAUGACCUCAAGAAGACGAAGGAGGAGUUGGAGAAAAAGUCCUCUGGAAACAAAGACGAGGAGGAGGAUGAUGUGCCGAUGGCUCAGAGGAAGAGAUUUACGCGUGUGGAGAUGGCUCGUGUUCUGAUGGAACGAAACCAGUACAAAGAGAGACUGAUGGAGCUCCAGGAGGCAGUCCGGUGGACGGAGAUGAUCCGGGCCUCUCGGGAACACCCAGAAGUCAGCACCACACCCAGUAAACAGAAGAAGUCGUCCAUAUGGAACUUGUCCGAAUUCUCUAAGAAAAUGUCCAGUUUCAGCAAUUUGUUCAGUUCCCCGAACAAACCGACCAAAAGGCCACUGCCCAUGGCAACCAUCAAGUACAACGCACCAACUACGCAGGUCCAGCCGGUGGGCGACCCGAACAAAAGGACGCGGAGCAAGCUAAACCUGGGCGAAAAAGCCAAGGCCUACGACUUCCUCCAGGACGACCUGAGGGGGACGACCAGCGACAGUGCUGAUGAGCACGGGUCCAGUAAGAUUGAGAAUCUCCUCGACGAACCCGUCUUGAACCAGCCAAAUAUGUCAGAAAAAGCGAAAAAGGAACGUGAGAAGGAACGCCGCGAACAAUACAAGCAGGUGCGGGCUCACGUGAAGAAAGAUGAUGGGCGACUACAGGCUUACGGUUGGAGCUUGCCUGCCAAGUUUCAACCGUCUCUGCCAAGCAAGGAUACACCCUCAAAAAGUCAAGUCCCUGUGCCUGUUCCAGUAUACUGUAGACCACUGUUUGACAAGGAGUCCGGUCUUAAGAUCUGGUGUGCUGUUGGCGUGAAUCUGACAGGAGGUCGGACCAGAGACGGUGGCUCUGUUGUAGGGGGAAGUGUGUUCUACUCAAACCUCAGCGGGGCCAGUGUGAAUGACACUGAAAAUGGCUCCAAAAAGGACUCCUCCAAGGAUGAGGUCGAACGCCUCAACCAGGAGCUCAAGGAUCACGAGAAGAACCUGAAGGAUACAGAGAAGGAACAGUUAUCUUCCUUUGUAUGGAUAUGUACACAGACCGCAACCUGUAGUCGAGUGUCGAUUAUUGAUGCUAACAAUCCAGGGGACAUCCUAGAGACUUUCCGAGUGUCCACUUCACCAAUUCUCUGUAUAGCUAGUGUGGCAGGUGCCCUUGAGUCCGAUUACACAGUGGAUGAGGAUAUUUUGAAGGCCGAGUCCUAUCCACAAUACAAACCUCCACCCGAGCCUGCAUCCGAUAAUCUGGCCACUUCUGUGACCGAAAGUGGUAUUGGUGGCAUCACACUGGUCCAGUGUGCCACAGGAGGCGCGUCGGGCUCCCCGACCUCAUCACCUGUAGGCUCGCCACAGAAGUCUGAUGAAGACAGUUUGUCUGCUGCGGUACAGAACCUUUCUAGCAGUGAGGAGAAACUAGAUACCAGUGUGGAACACAGGGACAAGGCCGACACAGAAAGUCUCAUCUCAGAACGUAGCUAUGAAGCUGCGUUUGGUAGUGAGGAUGGCCCGCCAUCCGUGUUUAAAGCGAAGGGAUCUCCCGUGUCCUCGGGUACAGCCACGCCCACUUCUACAUCGUCCUCACGCUCCCUCGACCGGCGCGCGUUACAGGAACAGGCCGACCUUGUCCGUGAUGGUAUCAGUCCUCUCCCCUUGGACAGCGAUCUCCAGUACGAGGAGACAGAAAAGAUGAGCAGUGUGCUACCCACAAUGUGGUUAGGCUCACAAAGUGGCAGUUUGUAUGUACAUUCCUCGGUGGCCCAGUGGAGACGAUGUCUACACUCCGUCAAACUCAGGGACUCCGUUCUCAACAUUGUACAUCUGAAGGGACGAGUGCUAGCCGCCCUGGCUGACGGAACUGUAGCUAUCUUCCACAGAGACACAGAAGGUCAGUGGGAUCUACAGAACUACCACCUCCUUGACCUGGGACGGCCUCACCACUCAAUCCGCUGUAUGACUGUGAUAGCCAACAAACAUGUCUGGUGCGGCUACCGCAACAAGAUCCAUGUUGUUGACCCAGAAAAAAUGAACAUAGAGAAAACAUUUGAUGCUCAUCCGCGGAAGGAGAGCCAGGUACGACAAGUGGCCUGGCUAGGAGACGGAGUGUGGGUGUCCAUCCGACUGGACAGUACCUUACGGCUGUACCACGCCUAUACCCACGUACACCUUCAGGACGUCGACAUAGAGCCCUACGUCAGUAAAAUGUUAGGUACGGGUAAGCUGGGCUUCUCCUUCGUACGGAUCACGGCCAUGCUGAUCUCCUGUAACCGUCUGUGGAUAGGCACCGGGAAUGGAGUUGUCAUCUCUGUGCCUUUGUCAGAAAGUAACAAACAGACUGUAACCACGGCCUCUAGUGGGGGUCGUCCCGGUGGUAUUAUCCGUGUGUAUAGCGACAACAAGUCGGACAGCGUGACACCUGGUAGCUUCAUCCCCUACUGCUCGAUGGCUCAGGCCCAGUUGUCUUUCCACGGCCACCGCGAUGCCGUCAAGUUCUUCGCCGCCGUUCCUGUCUCGAAUCCUGCCAUCAAUAUAACCUCACCAGUAGAUGAUACUCCAAUCCCUAAACCCAGACGUAAACGAGGUGCUGCGAGAAGGGGGAUGAGUGCAGUGUCAGAAGUAGGGGAGACAACCAACCGACACGAGGCGCUACCCACCACAGACACCAACACCAAGCUGGUUCUGUCCGGCGGGGAAGGAUACGUCGACUUCAGGAUCGGCGAUGGUGAUGAUGAGGAGUUUAUUGACGAGGAAAAGAAGGUCUCGCUCAGUAAAGGAGACAGGAGCCAUCUUAUAGUGUGGGAGGUAACAAGUACAGAGUGAUGCCAUCAGUCUCCAUGACACCAAGUGAUGACGUCAGUCUCCAUAGCAACAAGGUGAUGUCAUAAGUCUCCAUUGCAACUAUGAUGUCACAGUCUCUAUGGCAACAGUAUUGCAUCAGUGAUGUCAUCAGUCUCCUUGAACAGUGAGGUCACCGUUUAAUCUCCUUGACAACAGUGAUGUCUCCUGUCUCCAUGGCAACAGUGUUGUCGGUCUCCUGCAACAGUCAGGACAUCAUUCUUGGUGACAACAACAAUGUUAUCAGUCACCAUGACAACAGAGGUUAAAUAAUUGUUUGUGAUUAUGUCAUUGUCAUGACAAAGAAGAAGGUAGACCGUGACCUUUGCACUUACACAAUCACCAAUCAACACAGUUUAGGAACAGCUUCUAAUGCUGUCAGAAGUUGCCUUGAUAAUAUUUAGACUCCGAGUGUUGAUAAUGUGUAAAUAUAUGAACAAUCACCAUGGCAACUGAUGGAAUAGAUUUCAUUAAAUCUCACGACAUCGUGGAAUAUUUCUCGCCAUCCUGAUCAAACCUGCGGGACUGUCUUCAUGGUUCUGUAUCCAAGGAAUGUAACAGUCUUGUUACCUAGUAAUAUGAUAUUUCAUAGUUGAAUGAGAGUCCAACUUUUGUAGCAGACAAACUGCAGAUCAGUUUUACCAGUACUACACAGCUUUACGUAUCGCGAUCCUUUCAUGAUCAUAACGUUUUAAAAUCUGUGUCUGGCUAACACAUUUGACAUCAGAAAAACAAAUCAACAUGAUACACCGUAUUAUCAUAGAAACAACACAGUGAACAUGUUGCUUACAGUGAAAUGUUAUUCUGAAAUAUUCCUUGUUACUGAUAGUAACAGUGUAACUUUCAGUGAAAUGUUAUUCUGAAAUAUUCCUUGUUACUGUUAGUAACAAUAUAACUUUCAAUGAAAUGUUAUUCUGAAAUAUUCUUUGUUACUGAUAGUAACAAUGUAACUUUCAGUGAAAUGUUAUUCUGAAAUAUUCCUUGUUACUGAUAGUAACAGUGUAACUUUCAGUGAAAUGUUAUUCUGAAAUAUUCCUUGUUACUGAUAGUAACAAUAUAACUUUCAGUGAAAUGUUACUUGAAGUAGCAGUAAAACAAAUGUGAUUAAAUCACAUUUCUAUGAGUAAAUUCUUUGUGUCACACCUGACCUGUUCCCUGUUUUGACAUUUUGGGACCAGGGACUUUAACAUUUGUCAAGUAUCCUCACAAAAACCUUAAGACUUUGUUAAUCUAGGUUUAUUUUGUGAACCUUAUUUCGAAUACGUUUUUCAAAUGUCAUUAUUGUUUACAUCUAAUUUAGUUUGAUAAGACAUAAUUGGGUUUUCUUUGUAAGAUAUUUCUUAUUUAAACACCAAGAGAAUUUUUUAGUGUUUCCCUGAUUACGAAUAGAUGUUCCAUUGACUGACAUUCUGGAAAUAAUUACCAUAUUUAAGAAGAAAAUACAGGGAGGGAUAAUGUUUGGAGAUAGCUUGCUAAUGAAAGCUUGUAUUCUGUCACUUGUUCACCCAUCAUACAGCCAAAUAGUCACCAACUAGCUGUAACGUCAUGGUGGGUGGUGUGAAUCCUCUGUUGAUGACGGGCAUCACGAGGUAUCCUCCGGCCCAGUGAUUUGUGUAAUUCCUAAUAUACACCAAAUUGCUUUUAAGGAUGAAGGCAGAUAAGCUUGUAGUUAAUCGCUGCUGCAGUCAGGGUCACUUGGAGAGACAAGGAUUAACCUACAGUAAUCAGUGGUCAGUCAGCGCUACUUACACACGGCUCAAACACUACCGCACUGUGAUUUAAUGAAUGGUUAGCUGUACAGACCUGGCUAGUAGCUGAUUGGCUGUACAGACCUGGCUAGUAGCUGAUUGGCUGUACAGACCUGGCUAGUAGCUGAUCUGCUGUACAGACCUGGCUAGUAGCUGAUCUGCUGUACAGACCUGGCUAGUAGCUGAUCUGCUGUACAGACCUGGCUAGUAGCUGUUCGGCUGUACAGACCUGGCUAGUAGCUGAUCGGCUGUACAGACCUGGCUAGUAGCUGAUCGGCUGUACAGACCUGGCUAGUAGCUGAUCUGCUGUACAGACCUGGCUAGUAGCUGAUCGGCUGUACAGACCUGGCUAGUAGCUGAUCUGCUGUACAGACCUGGCUAGUAGCUGAUCGGCUGUACAGACCUGGCUAGUAGCUGAUUGGCUGUACAGACCUGGCUAGUAGCUGAUUGGGUGAACAUACAUAUAGCUAAUAGCUGAUUGGAUGAACUUGGCUGUGUUUGGCUGACUACACACAUGAAUCUGUUAAAGUGUUAUUGUUUGCAUAAGUAAAGAUGCAAUAAAAAAAACUGCUGUUUAUAUUUUAUUUGAUCUACGACAAAAACAGCUUAUUAACACGUCAUAUUUAUGAAAAAAAAGUUCAUAUUGAAAAGUAUUUCCAAAGUACAAUUUCUUAAUGGGUUGGAUACAGUUUAUACAUAUUAAAUACGAUAAAUACUCUAUGUAUUCUUAUUGGGAGUUUUGAAUAAAAAUAAAAUAAAAAAAUUAAUCCUAUUUAGUAUCAAGUAUUGUACUACACUGAUGUGUGUAGGAGUAGAUAGAAUAAAAAGUUGUAGAAUUUUAAUUUAAGCUCAUUAUUUUUAAAAUUAUUUUACUCUUUGUUAUCCUUUCAUAGGGAAUGUUGUUAGUUUUCCCAGAUUUUACCCAUUUUAAUUUUGUUUUAUGUUUGUGUACUGUAUGGGCUGAUGCUCUGUCGACUGAGGAAUGGUUGUAUAAGGGUAGGCCAUUGUAUAGUUAACGUGGUUCCAGCCUUCAGUUUGUUUGUAUGAAAGUAUUCUUGUGAAAAAGUGUUACAAGUAAUUCACAUUUAAUCUGGUCCGACUCUGAUAACUUGGAAUAACCUAAAGCUUCAUUUUCCCAGAAUAAAAAUUUUGCUGCUUUUUUUGUUACUACUUUGAACUGUUGUAGAUCUCAAAUUUCUUGUAGCAUUUCAGAAAAUCAUUAGAUUUAAUUUUUCUUUCUGUAAAUGUCAUCCUCAGCACAGUUUUCAUUUCCUGUUUGUUUGAGGUCUAAUCUGUCAGACCGACACACAGUAGAUUGAAAUGCUAUAAAGAAGUUCAUGUGGGUGAAGGGAGAGGGAACUUGUGGCUAGAUAAAGUAGGUUUGUGUGGGUGAGGGGAGAGGGAACCUGUGGCUAGAUAAAGUAGGUUUAACCAUUGCAAACACGUACAGUUCAGGAAUUGUCAACAUGUUGCCAUUUUCUCUGGGCGGUCAUUAUGGUUUUUCAUUUCCUGAAGGAUUGUAGGUCUCUAGAUGUCACAAUAGUGAAGUAGUUAUUCCAGACUUCAACAGAAAACAUCAAAUCCUCAUUUAGUGUUCAACAAAAGUGUGAGACCAGCCUCAGACAAGGUGGAACCCAACAAAGUUAUAGAGCGACAAGAUUACCACAGAGCUUGGUCCAUUAAUUCCACCAAUCUGAUAAACAAUUAGGUUUCUGUCCUUACAUAAAUGGAGUCAAAUUAACAAAGUCUUUAACCCUUUCACCGCUGUAGACCAUAAUGGACUCAUCCAGAUCAAUGUAUGGUAGAGUCUACUAAAGCUACAUAGGGGUGAAAGGGUAAAAUUAGAUAAAUAGGGAAUUUGUUCUGUUUGUGUAAAGCUUUUACACUUACAAUGGAAACAGUGUUUAGGGGGCUUGUUCUUGUUUUAACAAAAUCAGUAAUUAGAAUAACAGAGAUUAAAGUUGAAAUCAUAAAUCUGUUAAAAUAUAUUUGUAAACCUUCAUUUAAAGUGGGAAUAAUGAGACUAAGGUUAAGAGGUCAUAGAAAUUUAGGGUUAGAGGUCACAAGGUCAGCCAUCUUGAUCUCCUACCUUUGAAGUUGGUGCUCCCAAAAAAAAACCUGUAAUUUGUGUUAAAUGGAAUUUCUUUUCUUUUUAUUGAACGCGUAGCAAAACAGACUUAUUUCAAAAGAAAACUGGAGAAUUUAGAAAUUUGUAAGUACUAUUUUACAUAUGCUAACUUUAAACAUAAAAUGUUUAUUUCCAGAGUUCUUCUUUAACUAUAAUUUAUUUCUAGACGAUAAUCAAUAACUUCUUUUCAAUCUCAAGGCUAUACCAGUAUUAUCAGAGACAGAAAAAUCCUAACUUUGUCGAGAGGGUUAUCAAAUUAUCACUUCAUAUCUUCACACGAAACUUGUGGCAGUGACAGCCAGAGGCGGAGCUAGGGAAGGUCAAAUAUGUGUUUGUCAAUCUUGGCUGAAAUCUAUUGAGCCAUGGUCAGUUGAAUCAUCCAUGUCUCCUAUUUAAUUUGGACACUUAAUGGCAGGUUUUGUUACGACUCGCACACAGUUUGGGCACUUAGGAGCAGGUUUUGUAUGAGUUCUAUCACAUUUGGUGACAGAAAAUGGACUGGCACUUUUCUUACCCUACAAAAUAAUAACAUACCUCUGUGACCGACAUUAGUAAUCUGACAUACAUUAAUUAGGACCAAAUAUUGGAGGACAUGGGGCUAAGUGAUUGGUAUAUCCAUCUAAAAUGUGGGUUUGGAGUGCUUUUUAACAAUCUGAUGUCUUGGUACAAACUAUUUAAAAUGCAUAAUUUCCUUAUUUCUGUAGAAAUUCUUGAAAACCUCAACUUAUGCUACACUAAACAAUAAAUGAUUGGGAAAGUCACAUAGUCACACACAAUUUCUCUCUGUCCAGCAAUCAGUGAUAACACAAUCGGGAAAUUAAAUUAGAAGUUAAACAUUAUUUUUGAAGGUGUAAAAGACCCAUUAUUAUUUGCCUAUCCAUGGUUUGUAUGUUUACCACCAUAGACUGACUUUUUUCUGAAUUUUGAAGGAAAUUUAUUUAUAGGCGUAUCUUAUAAGGCUAGGUUCCCAGAAAUUGUUAUCGCAGACUGGAAAGGACAAGCCCCUGUUGUUGUCUUGUAAUGAUGAAGGUAUUUAUCUCCCCGAUAUUGACAGAUUGCAUGACAGACAGGAAGUCAGAAAGGAAACAACGUUGUGUAACCUGUUAAAUUAGGGCUUCGACAACAGGAACAAGGAUCAAGCCACACGGCUCUGACAGAAGUCAUCAGGAACCCGUAUUAAUUAUUUCAUUAUAAAAAGUCUCUAAACACCACAUCCUGAAUAAAUUGGUGCUGGUUUGCAUUUUCCAGAACAAAUGGGAUUUGCUCUCCGAUGCCUGUGGGUUUUUUAAAUUUUUAACCAGUGAUUAAGUGGAUAUCGCUGGUCAUCCAUUUUGUUUUAUUUUGAGUGAGGGAGUGGAAAUCGCUUGUUAUGUGUUUGUUUAUUUUUGACUGAGAGGGUGGAAAUCAAAGGUUAUCCGUUUAGCCCUGAGCAGUUUGAGUUUGUCCCAAGAAGCAUAUUUUUUCCCUGCUACGUUUUAUAUGUGACCAUCCAAGUUUUUAAUGUUAUUUAUCUUGUUAUUUUAUCGAUCCCUAUGAUAUUGUUUUGUAUUAUGUUUUAAAUUUUUGUAUAUGUUGAAUAUUGUUUGUACUUAGUAUUUGACAUAAUGCCAUAGUUCAAAUCAAUUUCUUUUUUCCCCAAUGAACACAGUGCCAGUUACCACUGUGUGUUUAAGAUGCCCGCAUGUAAUUUCUUAUGAAUCUAGGAUUCUGUUAUGUCGAAUGAAGAUUCAAUAUGUUGUAUUAAGAUAUUUAAAUGCCAUGAAUUAAUGAUAGAUUCAUGACUUUGAAGAGAUGUGUUCAUUAUUUUAAAACAAAGACUUUCAUCCUGGUGAGAAACGAAUGAAUGAAAAUUACCUUGACGAUGAAAUAAUCACAAAGAUCCAUGUACAUUUAAUACAUGUAUAUAUAGCUGGAAAGUAAUACAGUAUAGUAUCACGCUCAUCAUCAAAAUAUUCACAUCUCAUUAUCACGGCUGUUACGAUUGAGAUAUAUAUAUAUGUAAAGAUUACUCUCAUGUUCCAAGUGUAUGAUAUCCUGCUUGCUAAUGUUAUUUAUGUCUUUAACUCAGCAAAGUCUUUACAUCCUUGUAGCCACAUUUACAGCCCAAAUCCCUUGUAUGACUGGGAGAUUAUAUGUAUAUUUAGAUAAAAAAAUAAAAACCUUUUUUUCUUUCAAAUAUUUCCAAUGUAAUCAGGGAACUUGAAUAUAGAAUGUAUAUAUUCUUAUUAAGAUAUUUCUCCAACUCCUAAUUCACCCAACAAUCUGGUUCGGUAAUGUCUCAUACAGUAAGAUUAUUUGAUCUCAAAUCAGGAGUAAAACCUUCAACCACAUUUUGUUAUCAUUGGUGGGUUGUGAUUGGUUAAUAUAUCUACCAAUCAGAUUGUCUGUAAGGUGAAUUGGGGGCCUGGAAUGAUGAACCUGAAUCUCAUCUUAUUAAUAAAACCAUAGUAAGAUAUGUAAAGGGAACGAUUAUAGAAUUACACCUAAUCUGGGUCAAGGUUUGUUAUAAAGGUAUUUACAAGGAUAAGGUUGACUGCGUAUCCUAGUGUUUGCUGUGUAAGGAAGCAAGGUUGCCUUAAAUGUUAUGCGCCACUUUAAAAUGUACAAUAAAUCAAAUAAAAGGCAAUGGAAAUUUUAA